AUGAGACAGGCAGCGGACACUGAUGGAGGCUCUUUGAUGACCAAGAGAGUGCAACGAGAUGAUGCUCCGGCUGAGCAUUUGAAUACCAGUGCCAGGCAUAUCCACCCAGGCUACGAGUGCCGUAUCGUGGACUUUCCCGAUGACGAUGUUGCGGAGAUUAUAGCGAACGGACAGCAGCCCAUCCUCGGAAUCGAGCCCACAGACACUGACAAGAUUGGAGUGAUCACAAAACCGUGGGACAGGAAGACGAAGUAUGUUGUUGUAUGGCAUCGACUCAAUGAUGAAGUCUACCAGUCUGACCCCCGAACCAUUACGAGCUGUCGACGCAUCCGGUUGGCGAUCAGGCUGGGAAAACUGCAGGUGGAGGAGGUAAAGGCGGAGUUGUGCUUCUGGCUACAGUCAGUAUGCGAGCCAGACGGGAACAAUCCAAGCCGUGUGGAAGAGAUCUAUCGGAACGCGUAUGCUGUGCUUAUCAUGGACUCGACAUCGUCGGAAACAGCAGUGGACGAUACUGUCGACUCGUAUGUUGACCGACUGCGGAAGGAGCAUCCAUUGCUCUCGUCCAGCGAACGGCUGCUAUUGUCAGGCCCAUUCGGGUACGUGGAUCUUCGGGACAUGGAAGAAGUGUUGGCGACUUGA